AUGGCUGCCAUUGACGGGAUCACGCGCUCGAACCAAGAUGAAUACCCGUCCGCUGCCGACGUGCGGAAGAUGAUGGCGAGACAUCCCCUGCCUAUUGUGCUUGACGGAAGUGUUCCGGAGGAGGCCAGAACCGGCAACGGGCCAACCAGGCAGGCACUCGUUAUGUUGAGAAAGCUGAACGCGGCUCUGGCCUCGGAUGAUGCCAAAGCCCUCGAGAACUGCUUCCUUCCGGGCCAGGCCUACUGGAAGGAUACCCUGGCGCUCACAUGGCACUUGCGCACCUUUACCUCGCCUGGCGUCAUCGCUGCCAGCUUGCUGCAAACCAAGACGUUGAGAGCUCUGGUCGGAGACAUCAAACUUGAGGGAGACGCUCAAUUCAUACCGGCUACACCUGUUCUUCAAUUCAUUGACUUCAGCCUCCUCUUCGAGACCAAGUCGCCAGCAGCGAGAUGCAGCGGCAGGAUGCUUUUGUUGCCCGUCAAACAAGCUGGGACGACGGAGUGGAAGAUCUGGAUCCUCAGUACCUGGCUCGAUACUCUAGACGGACAUCCGGAAGACGAGACAUUACUCCAUCUCCCGGGCAGAGAGCUGAACGGCCUCGAGGACUUCACAACAGACGUGUUCAUCAUCGGAGGCGGAAAUGCCGCCGUUGCUCUAGCUGCACGCCUGAAAGCCAUGGGCGUUGAGAGCGUCAUGGCAGAGCGGAAUCCUCAGCCGGGAGAUAACUGGGCGCUCCGCUAUGAAUGUCUGAGGUUUCACGUCCCGACAGAGUAUGCCGACCUACCUUACAUGCCAUACGACAACGAGCUCCGAAGUCCGCACCUUCUCUCCCGGGACGAGCUUGCGGAGCAGGUCCGACGAUAUGUGAAGACUUUCAAUCUCAAUAUGAUUACUUCUGCCAAGAUUCUGUCGACAGCGUUCGACCAGGCGGCCAAGCAGUGGCUCAUCAAGUUCCAGACACCGACGGGCCAGCACACCGCCGUCUCGAGACAUCUUGUUCAGGCCACAGGAAUCGGGUCCCGGAAGCCCUAUAUCCCGCCUAUGGCGAAUGAAGACUUGUUCAGAGGCAUCGUUCUUCACUCAGCCCAGUACCGGAGAGCAGCCGAGCUACAGAAACAAGGGGCCAAGUCCGUCCUCGUAGUCGGUUCAGCGAGCACAGCUUUCGACGUUAUCCAGGACUGCCAUGCCGCGGGCCUCCAGACCACCAUGGUCGUCCGGUCCCGCACCUAUAUCCUCCCGCUGGAGUACGUCUGCGACAAGCGCGGCCUCGGAGCGUAUGAGCGCGGAGCGGAGCUUUGCGACAAGCUCUUUAUGGCAAUGCCGACGUGGGUUGACGCGCAUCUCGCCUGCGGCUUGUUUGCACAAUUGGCGGCGGAGGAACCAGAUCGGUAUUCAGCCCUCGCCGCUGCCGGCUUCCCCUUCAUUGACAGCCGUCACCCGGAGGCCGUGCUCGCCCAUCAUUUGGUGGAGCGAGCUGGCGGGCACUACAUCGACAUCGGCGGUACCAAGCUGAUAGCGGAGCGCCGCGUGGGACUGAAGGCUGGCGUCGAGCCUGUGGCCUACACGGAGACGGGGCUGCGUUUCUCGGACGGCAGCACUGCGGACGCGGAUGUGGUGGUGUGGUGCACCGGCUUUGCGGACAAAGACGCCAGACGCACUGCGGCCGAGAUUCUGGGUGGCGGAAGCGCUGGGACGCGGGAUGAAGUUGGCCCCAACGUGCUUGGGCCGGUAGAGAUCGCGGCCCGGCUAGAUGCCACGUGGGGCGUCGACGCCGAGGGCGAGAUCCGUGGCAUGUGGAAGCGUCAGUUGCGCGUGGACAACUACUGGAUUAUGGGCGGCCACACGCAGCAGCACCGCUGGUACUCGCGGAUAUUGGCGUUGCAGAUCAAGGCUGAAAAGGAGGGCAUACUGCCGCCCGCUUAUCGGGAUUCGCCGGGACAGGAAUGA